AAUAAAACUGUAUUAAAAAGGUGUUAACCAGGAAAGAUGUGCGGUUGUGUGUCAUCAUUGAGUUGAUGACACGAACUUGGGAUGAACGUUCACAGAAAACUGGAUGCUGAAAUCGGAUCAUCUCCUACCUCUUCGGAUCAAUCCAGAAAACCGCGGUGCUUUUUUCUUGGACCUUUUCCUAUUAAAUUACCUAUGCGAAGUGAACCUAAGACAUCUUCAUGUCUGUUAAUACUCAUUCAUUAAGGACAUAAACAGACUAAGCCUGAAGUUCCGAGCGUCAACUGCCAUUAGCUAAUGGCUACCUCCGCAAAUCUGUCGCUGUUUCUCCUCUUCCUCAUCAUUGCAAUUGCCUCGGGAGCCGACGCAGAGGAGCGGCUGGUUAAUGACCUGCUGGGGCCUGAGCGCUACAACAAGCUGAUCCGCCCCGCCGUCAACAAGAGCCAGCAGGUCACCAUCGCCAUCCAGGUGUCCCUGUCCCAGCUCAUCAGCGUGAAUGAAAGGGAGCAGAUAAUGACCACUAACGUGUGGCUCACCCAGGAGUGGCAUGACUAUCGGCUGAUGUGGGAUCCUCAGGAGUAUGAGGGCAUUAAAAAGCUGCGCAUCCCCUCACAGCACAUAUGGCUGCCAGACAUCGUCCUCUACAACAAUGCUGAUGGGACCUACGAGGUGUCAUUCUACUCCAAUGCUGUUGUGUCCAACACUGGUGACAUCUUCUGGUUGCCCCCAGCAAUCUACAAGAGUGCCUGUAAAAUCGAAGUGAAGAACUUCCCCUUUGACCAGCAGAACUGCACGCUCAAGUUCCGCUCCUGGACCUAUGACCACACCGAGAUUGACUUGGUCCUCACCAGUGACUUUGCCAGUCGGGACGACUUCACGCCCAGUGGGGAGUGGGACAUCGUUUCCCUGCCCGGUCAAAAGAAUGAGGACCCUAAUGACAUCACCUACCUUGACAUCACCUAUAACUUCAUCAUCAAGCGGAAGCCUCUCUUCUACACAAUAAAUCUGAUCAUUCCCUGUGUACUCAUCACCUCUCUGGCCAUCCUGGUCUUCUACCUGCCCUCUGACUGUGGUGAGAAGAUGACCCUCUGCAUCUCCGUGUUGCUGGCCCUCACUGUAUUCCUGCUCCUAAUCUCUAAGAUUGUGCCCCCGACCUCACUGGCCGUACCCCUCAUCGGCAAGUACCUAAUGUUCACUAUGGUCCUGGUGACCUUCUCCAUAGUCACCAGUGUGUGCGUCCUCAACGUCCACCACCGCUCCCCCAGCACCCACCGGAUGCCCGACUGGGUCAAGAGGGUCUUCCUCCACAAGCUCCCCGCCUUCCUCUUCAUGCGCCGGCCUGGAGGCUCCAACAUCCGGGAGAAUUUCCGGCGGAAGCACCAGCAGAAGUCCUUCACGGACAUCGGGCCCAGGCUGGGGAAGGUGGAUGUGGACUCCUUCUACAUCAAUGAGGAGUCGGCCAAGAGGUACGGCUGGAGGAUCUGCGACCUCCCAGAGAGCACGGAGUUCCGGAGGAGAGUGCGGGGCAAGCGCGAGGCGGACAUGGAGGAGGCGGUGGACGGGGUGCGCUUUGUCGCUGAGCACAUGAAGAGCGAGGACGACGAUGAGGGUGUAAUCGAGGACUGGAAGUACGUUGCCAUGGUGAUCGACCGGCUGUUCCUGUGGAUAUUUGUCCUGGUGUGUGUGGUGGGGACUCUGGGGCUGUUCAUGCAGCCUCUCUUCCAGAGCUACAACACACCCACUGCCGAAGAUGAGUGACCGACCCACUCCUCGCAUCCGUACUGCACCCAGCCGGAAGCAAACUGCACCCAGGAGCAAAGUACACAAAAAAAGGUCACAUGCUUAGAGAGAACUCAGGACUACAUUUUGAGGGCACCAUUUAUUUUUCUGUAAAAAGUAUAUACACUUCUUAGUAUUAAAUCAAUGAAUACAUGUUUUGAUCAUAUAACAGUGAGUUCUGAGGUUUUGCCUCUUGCAAGUACAAGAUUCUGGGUGUUGAGAGGUAAAGGUUUGGCAUGUGCUUUGGAAAAGAUUGCUGAAUCCGAUGAUCUACAGUAAAGUAAGAUGAUGUCAAGAUGAAGUCAAGAUAGAUCUGCACAGAUGGUCUUCCGGUGUGGACACUUCCAACUUUAGUGACAUUUACUAUUCUGUAAACACAAAAAUGCUCUUCUUUCCUUCGCAGUUGAUGCCCCUUAUCAUAAAUAAAACGAUGCUGUGCCAUAACAAAUGGUUUUACAGGGAGGGGGUACUUAUUGGACUCAUUGGAGGAAUAGAACACAUUGCUUUUUUCAUUUCAUGGGUGAAUUUCUUAUUUUAUAUGUCUUUCCCUUGGAUUGAAAUUUUAUGUCUUUUUCAAUCAUGCCAGCAU